AUGUGUAAUUUCACGUAUGACAGGAACCGCAGUAAGGCAGAAUGGAUAAGGCACAAAGGUGAAACACCCAGUAAAAGGACGGGACCAGCUGGUGACCACACUACAGGAGCUGGUUAUUAUGUGUACAUGGAGGCAAGUGGGGUGUUGCCUGAUUCUGAAGCCUGGUUACUCUUCCCGCCAUUGGUUGAGACGAUGUAUGCUCGCUGUCUACGGUUCUACUACCACAUGUAUGCUAAUAUCGAUGCACCAACAGUAGUUGGUUCAUUGACAGUGGCUGUCAUAAACUCUACUGGGAGCGUUACUCAGACUCUGUGGUCAAUGGAGAAUAAUCAAGGUCCCGCCUGGAAAAAUGCCACAGCAGACAUACCUGUGGGAGCUACUAGUCUGGCAUUUGUGGCAAAACGAGCAGGUUCUGCCUAUGGUGACAUUGCAGUUGAUGAUGUGAUUAUCGAAAAUGAGCCUUGCGUUGGACAUCUUACUUCAGAGGCAGCUUCUACUACGGUGUCUUCGUCAGUUGCUUCUACGACUACCACUCCUACUACUACAGCAAAUAUGCCACCCACGACGACCUCACCCCCGUUAACUACGAAUACCAUGUCUUCAACCACUUCUACUAGUACCGCAACGUCGCCUACCACUCCGACAACAACAACAGCCACACCUACCACUGAGACAACUACUCCGACAACUAUGGAAACCACGCCUACCACUAUCACAGCCACUCCAUCAACCACGACAUCCGUGCCCACCACAACCGUUGCAACUACCAGUACAACAACCCGGCCUACCACUACCACAACCACUACCACUGUAACAACCACGCCAACCACUACGACAACCACGCCAACCACUGUAACUGCCACGCCUAGCACUGAAACAACCACGCCUACCACUACGACAACCACGCCUACCACUGUGACAACCACACCUUCCACUGUAACAACCACGCCAACCACUGUAACAACCACGCCUACCACUACGACAAUCACGCCUACCACUGUAACAACCACACCUUCCACUGUAACAACCUCGCCAACCAUUGUAACAACCACGCCUACCACUGUGGAAACUACUCCUACCACCGCAGCAAACACACAAACGUCUUCGAAUGUAAUCAUGACUGUAACAAAUAUUGGUUCCAAGUCAAAAAUACCGCCGUCUGGUGUAUUAACAAUACAUACUGCUGCAAUAACCACGCCUACUGUUGUAAUGACCACACCUAAGAUGAGCAAGACAACGGUCGACCCCAAAGCUGGCGAUAGAGAGAAACAGAGAAAGGACAGUGAGGAUGAUAACGCAGGGAAUAUGAUGCCUAUAAUCGCCGGAUCGGCCGGUGGUGGCGUUGCGGUGCUUCUGACUAUACUUAUAAUUGUUAUACUUAUGAGACGGCGCAGGCAAACUCCGUACACUGACAUCAACGAAGCUCCCAGUCCGCGGAGUAGCGUGUAUGAAUCAGGAGUGUUAAAAAUAGAAAACCCCACUUAUGACGUGGCACCGUUUCCUCAGCCUGAUGUCGUCAUUCACAGUCAUGACGUCACGGAUACACAAGGAUAUAUACAGGACACAGACGGAGAAACUGUUCCACAUACCCCUACCACUGAAAUAUAG